GCUACAUUUUUCCAGAUCUUUUUCUGAGAAGAAAUUCCUCAAACUCAUUGUUUUCAGUAAGAAACCUAUUUCAGCAUUGCUGAUUUAAAGUAAACAAACAUAUGGCUUAAAUAUGUUGACAGAAUGUAUUUAAGUUUAAAUAAUGUUAACCAUUUAAUAAAAUUUGCUUUGGAUCAUAAAAUCUGACCUUUCCCUCUUCAUUCUGUCUGUGUCCAGUGGCCACAUCAGCAGAUGUUUUGGUCUGUCAGCACACCAGACAACUCCAUGCUGCAGGAGUGUAGUACUGAAUGAGAUUAUCCGGCUGGAAGAUCAAACCCUUCACACUUCAGAGAGCUGGAUCUGAGCUCCAGUCACCUCACACAUCUGCUGAAGGAUCCAUAUACUGUCAGCUAGAGAAGCUCAAGCUGGGCAUUAAGAGCCAUUCAUGCAAAGUAAAGGUUUGAAACAAGGCUGACUCUUUCUUUGCAAUUCAUCUUCAGCCAGCAGCCACUGCUCAAAACACUGAAGGUUUAUUGAAGAAUUUCGGAAACAAACUGGUCUGAACACAGGUAUCAGUAAGCAUGGCGUCAGUUCUGUCACAGCUGAUGGGUCAGUGGAUGGAUGUUCAGGGUCUCCUGAUCUUUCUGUGUGUGCUGCUGCUGGUCAAACACCUGCGAGAUGUUCAUACAAACAACAUGCCGCCAGGACCCUUCCCCCUGCCUUUGGUUGGAAACGUACUGAAUAUAGGCUUCAGUGAUCCAAUGGAGGUUUUUCCAAAGAUUGCUGAGAGGUAUGGAGAUGUGAGCACACUGUAUCUGGGAAACAAACCUUGCAUACUGCUCACUGGAUACGAGAGUUUCAAAGAGGCGUUUGUGGAGCAGGCGGACAUCUUCACAGACCGGCCGUACUUCCCUGUGAACGACAAGAUCUGUAAAGGGAAAGGUCUGAUCUUCUCUAGUGGACACAUGUGGCGUCAUCAGAGGCGUUUUGCUCUGGCAACGCUGAAGUAUUUCGGUGUGGGCAAGAAAACUCUAGAAAACUCAAUCCUGGAGGAGUGUCGCUUUGUUUGUAGUGCUUUGCAAACCAAGCAAGGUUUGCCAUUCAACCCUCAUCACCUCUUGACCUGCGCAGUGGGCAAUAUAAUAUGCAGCCUGGUUUUUGGCUACAAGUUUGAGUAUGACGACCAUCAUUUUCAUGAGCUGCUGCAGUAUUCAGAUGAAACCUUUAAGCUGCCCAUCAACGUCUGGGGCCGGUUGUAUAACACGUUUCCCGCUCUGAUGUCCCUGCUGCCAGGAAAGCACCAGACUGCAUUUGCCAACCUUUCCAAGCUUAAGCUCUUUUUUAAGGAGGAAAUCAGGAAGCACAAAAACGACCGAAACCCAUCUAGUCCUAGAGACUACAUUGACUGUUAUCUGGAGGAAAUUGAGAAGUGUAAGGACAAUGAGGCCGAAUUCACUGAGGAAAACCUGAUACACUGUGUGUUGGAUCUGUUUGGAGCAGGAACCGAAAGCACUGCUAAAUCACUCAGCUGGGCUUUACUCUACAUGGCUAAGUUUCAAGAAGUGCAAGAGAAAGUCCAUUCUGAGAUUGAUCAGGUGAUUGGACAGAUGCGUCAGCCCUUGAUGGAAGACAGGGCACAUCUGCCGUACACCUACGCAGUGAUGCAUGAGAUUCUGAGGUUCGCAAAUGUUCUUGCCUUCAUUCCACCGAGAGUUGCCAGCAAAGACACCACAGUAGCAGGAUGUCUCAUACCAAAGGGUGUGAUGGUGCUGCCAAUGCUGAAGCCAAUUCUGGAGGACAAGAAUGAAUAUCACAAUCCAUAUGAAUUCAAUCCUGCUCACUUUCUGGAUGAAGAUGGCAAAUUUCUGAAGAGAGAAAAUUUCAUACCCUUUUCCAUAGGUAAGAGGAUGUGCCCAGGUGAGCAGCUCGCUCGUAUGGAGCUCUUCCUCUUCUUUAUCUCUCUGAUGCAGCAUUUUACCUUCCUGCCACCUGAGGGAGAAACACUGAGUCUCAAAAGAACAGUCGCCAUCGCUUCUGCUCCUGAACCCUUCCACAUUUGUGCUGUACCUCGAUAGUGCCAUAUGACUGCAUCAAGAAUACGCUCAUUGAAGCUCACUGUGAAGCACAAAUAAGCAUUUGUUUUUAUUUGGUAACAAAAAACCCCCAUGUUUAAUCAUGUAUCCUACUGUACAUAAUUUAUUUGGCUAAUUUUAGUUGUGUCUGAAAUCAAAGGCAGUAAGUCAGUCAAAAGGCUGUUUAGGGUGCAUAGCAUCUUUCUUUAUUGGUAGGCAUCCAAAAGUAGCUAUAUAUUCUAAUAACUUGUAACAUAAAUCACAUAUUUAAAUAAAUAAAUUAAAUAUGUGAAAAAACUUGCCUCUUUUAGACUUGCACUCUAUUCAUUUACUAACUGCUUAUUUUCUUUAAAAAAAAAAAACCCUAAUACUAGCUUCUAUGUACUUUUUGUAUUCUAUGUGUUUUCUUUUAAUUUAUUAUAUAAUAAAAAAAAAAUUACAAUAAAAUGUCCUCUAACAUUAGCUUGCUCUAUACAAAGCGACUCAUUCAUAUUCUUACACAGCUGCUAUUGUUUCACGUCUGCUGCACUCUGCAGUUGUCUCGGGUAAUAAAAUAACCUUCACUUAAAUCAG